AUGGAGGUCGAAGGAAGGUAUAGCAUCAACACAGGAAAGAUUCAAACUUUCGGAGUGGCUGACUACACCAUUACCGCCGCCAUGUUAGUGUCUUCAGCCGCCAUCGGGGUCUUCUACGUCAUCAAGGACCGUCACCAUAACAACGUAAAUGAGUAUCUUUUAGGCGGGCGCCGCAUGCACUACAUCCCUGUGUCAAUGUCAAUGAUGGUGACGUACCUCUCGGCCUUAUCGUUGCUAGGGGCACCCGUGGAGGUGUACAGAAACAACACCAUGGUGGUUUGGUUUGGGGUUGCUGUAGCUAGUGGCUGUGCGAUAGUUGGUAGAAUCUUCGUGCCCUUCUUCUACCAGCUCGGAAUCACCAAUGUAUUUCAGGGUGGUAUGAGGGCUGUACUGUGGGCGGACACUCUCCAAGCUGGCAUCAUUAUCGUAGGCUGCGUUGUCCUCGUUAUCAAAGGUUCUGCAGCUGUUGGUGGAUUCAGUGUGGCCUGGGCAGUCGCCGAGAAUAGAUCCCGGAUCAAAGCUCUGGCAAUCAAUGGAGUAGGCUACAUGUUAGUUUAUAUCCUCCUUGUGAUGGUCGGUGUCAUCAUGUUCGCCUUCUACAGUGACUGUCACCCCGUCAGCUUCAACCUCAUCGACAAGGACGAUCAGAUGCUUCCUCUGAUGGUGAUGGACAUCUUGGGAGAUCUGCCAGGGCUGCCUGGACUCUUCAUAUCUGCCAUACUGUGUGGGAGCCUCAGGGAGUGUUGA